GGCCACACAGUGGCGAUCAAGGCCCCGCUUCACGAGCAAGAGAGCAUGUUUCCGUAAGACCCCGGAAGUUCCUCCGCUCCCCUCAACGCUUUUAGAUCCCGUUCCGUUCCCCAGUCAAGAUGGCGACGCUUGCUGGUCUCCGAUCUUUACUGCUGCCGGGGCCCCGGCGUCUCUGGGGGUUGUCGGACAAGUUCCUGCCCCGAAGGCCCAUAAAUUUUGGAGUGAACAGAUUAAGAAGUACACAAGCAGCCGCACAAGUAGUUUUGAAUGUUCCUGAGACAAGAGUAACAACUUUGGAAAAUGGACUCAGAGUAGCUUCUGAAGACUCUGGCCUCUCAACAUGCACAGUUGGACUUUGGAUUGAUGCUGGAAGUCGAUAUGAAAAUGAGAAGAAUAAUGGAACAGCUCAUUUUUUGGAACAUAUGGCUUUUAAGGGCACCAAAAAAAGAUCUCAAUUAGAUCUGGAGCUUGAGAUUGAGAACAUGGGUGCUCACCUCAAUGCUUACACAUCCAGAGAACAAACAGUGUAUUAUGCUAAGGCCUUCUCAAAAGAUUUGCCAAGAGCUGUGGAAAUUCUUGCUGAUAUAAUACAGAAUAGUACAUUGGGAGAAGCUGAGAUUGAACGGGAACGUGGAGUUAUCCUCCGAGAGAUGCAGGAAGUUGAAACCAAUUUACAAGAAGUUGUUUUUGAUUAUCUUCAUGCUACAGCCUACCAAAAUACUGCUCUUGGACGGACAAUUUUGGGACCCACAGAAAAUAUAAAAUCUAUAAACCGUAAAGAUCUGGUGGAAUACAUAACAACACAUUAUAAGGGUCCAAGGAUUGUUCUUGCUGCUGCUGGAGGAGUGUCUCACGAUGAACUGCUUGAUUUAGCAAAAUUUCAUUUUGGUAAUUCUUUAUCAGCACAUGAAGGAAAAAUACCAGCUUUGCCUGCCUGCAAAUUUACAGGAAGUGAGAUUCGUGUGAGGGAUGAUAAGAUGCCUUUGGCACAUAUUGCAAUUGCUGUUGAAGCAGUUGGUUGGUCUCAUCCAGACACAAUCUCUCUUAUGGUUGCAAAUACUCUGAUUGGCAACUGGGAUCGCUCUUUUGGAGGAGGAAUGAAUUUGUCUAGCAAGCUUGCCCAGAUCACUUGUCAUGGAAACCUCUGUCAUAGUUUCCAGUCCUUCAAUACUUCCUACACAGAUACAGGACUGUGGGGACUCUAUAUGGUUUGUGAGCCAGCUACUGUUGCAGACAUGAUACACUUUGUUCAAAGAGAAUGGAUACGACUCUGCACAAGUGUCUCUGAAAGUGAAGUUGCCCGAGCUAAGAAUCUUUUGAAAACGAAUAUGCUGCUGCAACUUGAUGGUUCUACUCCAAUAUGUGAAGAUAUUGGUCGGCAAAUGUUAUGUUACAAUCGGAGAAUUCCCAUUCCUGAACUUGAAGCAAGAAUUGAUGCUGUUGAUGCUCAGAAUAUACGAGAAGUAUGCACAAAAUAUAUCUAUAAUAAACACCCUGCCAUAGCUGCUGUUGGUCCCAUUGAGCAACUACCAAAUUAUAACAAAAUCUGCAGUGGCAUGUAUUGGCUUCGAGAAUAAGAAGAUUUUAAUCAAAUGAUUUUGAAAAUGUUAUUUAUAAAACUGAGAAUUCAGGCUGUAUCCAAAAAGAAAUCAAAAUGUUUUUGGAACCUAGUUUGGAAAAUGUGAGGUGGUAUUUGUUUCAGGGUUUAAAAAAAUAAUUACAAAAAAGGAAACCCUUCAGACUCAAAGACUUGUGUUUUUAGUAAUAGGUAAGGAAGAGAAAGUAUAAUUACCAUCAGCUGCUCUCUCUCUUAAAGGAAUUUGUCAAUAAGCUAAAAACACAGAUUCAAAACAUCAAAAGAAUUUUUAUAAGUUUAAGAAUGAAAAUUUAUACAGUAUUUGCAGUUUUAUUAUAAAAACAAACAACAAAGAUUGUCAACUUUAGUCAUUUCUUGGCUCGACUAGCAUUCAUCACUUGUUCUUGAGCAGCCUUUUUUGCUUUUACCAUUUCGACGAGUUCCUGGGGGGGGAAAAGUUAAUUAAAAGUUUAGCCUUUAAAACUUUGCUUCUAUUUAAGAAUUUUAGGAAGAUUUUGUUUACUAUUUUGUGGAAAUAAUAUGGAAUAUAUUUAUACUUUUUAUUGUUCAUGACCUCCAAAAAAGAUCAUUAGAGGAUAGGUCUGAGUUGGCAGAAGAAUGAUAAAUUUGCUGUUCAUGGAUAAAAUUAGUUUUGGUCUGUAGUACAAUUACACAUCUUUUUCUGAUUAAAAUUCAAGAAAUAAUGAUAUAAAUGCUUAUUGUUAAGCCACUUUCAUCUUAGGGCCACACUUAAAGCUAUUCCUCUUCAUACCACCAACCAAAGCUUAUGCUGUGCUGGUUUAGUCUUUGAGAAGCCAUGAGAGAAAAAUGGUUUCUGAAAGGUGACAUAAUGCUCCUCCUUAUAAUCAGCCCCAAAAGUCUGUUGUGAGUUAAUGUUACUUUUCUACAAAUGACAUUUUCUUUGUAGUAACUUUUUGUUUUUAGUGCUCUGAAGCCUAAUCAACAAGAUAACUAUGCAAUUUAACUCAGAAUAAAGUUUGUGAAUUACUGAAUUACAUAUACAUAUGUAAUACUGUACCUUAUAUCGUUUCAUACAGUCUUUUUUUGAUCGUCCAGGCACUGCGGAAGCUAUUUUUUCCCAUCUCUCAGGUGUAUUCACAGGAUAUGUUUUCAGAGCUUGUUCUAAUAGUUUUUGUUCUUCAGUUGUCCAAGGUGUGAAAUCUGUACAUGGACCUAAAAAAAAAGUUAUCUGAAAAACCUUAAAGGAUGAGUUCUAUUAAUAAGUAAUGACUAUUUUAAUGGACCAUAUUAGGUCAAAGAGUCUUAUCUCUUAGAAACCUUUUAUUUUUUGAAAGAAUAUUUUACAUGUGUAUAUGUGAAUUAUAAAUAAAAAUAUAACCUUAUAUCUCUUCCCUUAGCCAAAGAAACUAAAAGAAAAGGCAGUAAAAUUACUUCUCUAUUUUAAUACAGGCUGCUGCUACAGAAAAAAAAGGAGCCUCACUAAUAUGAAUUUCAGUGUUGUUUUACCUGGACUAUAUUAAAAAUUGCUUAAAGAAUUUUAUCAAUGUUCAUUAUAAAAGCUAAUACAAUUUAUCUUAAAUUGAUAGAAUGAGACAAAAAAAAAUUUAUGUAUUAGAAAUGAAAAAUCUUUUCAGAUACUUUUUGGGGAAGAUGUCAAUUGCCUUUUUUCCUCUCAAGUAUAAAUAAUGGGAAAAACUAGAACCCUUAGAACCAUUGUAAAUAUAAAACUGUCAUCAUUUGAAAGGAAAGAAUAAUAAAACAAUCUUGCAAGUCCAACACACCUUCUCUGCCCCCAAAACCUAUAAAAUUUGCAAUGAACUUAACUGCUUUGCAUUAUUCAAUCAAUUGAACAUUUUAUUCUCCUAAUUAUAGUAACUACAGGGCCUAUUCCUAGUAGCCUAGAGAUAUAAAUGUAUACAUUAAAUAUUUCCCACCUACUUAAAAAGGAAAAAAAAAAAAAAAAAAAAAAAAAAA